GACAGCAAGCGCUCAGCUGAAACACUCUAAUGCAUCUUUUGCACAUGAAAGGCUUCUACAAGUUCACGAGCUUUUUUGUCUCUGUGCUCGACGGUGACCUUUGUUCGACCGAAGAAUGACUUACAACCACAUGUUUUACAACGUGAGAAUGUGCUGACAGAUGGGAGAUAAGUCGGAUUUGUUGCGGCUUCCGGGCGAUGUCCAUUUGCCAGAGCCACAAAGAACAGCAGCAGUAGUGUCGCAACCAGCCGGAUCGAACGGAGAAGAGCGCCCCGUCUGCCUACAUCCACGACAGUGACGACACAGGCGUCAUGAAGCGUACUGACGUCAGCGACGAUGGCUUAAACAGGCUCCACGUGGCGUCGCGUGGCUCAGUGUGGUCCUUCGACUUGAUGCCGCCUUCCAUCCGCGUCCCGGCGCUACCGCGUCCAUUAGGCCCCGACCGCUGUUUCGUCGUCGGCAAGCAUGUUUACUGGACCGAGAACCACGACAACGCCAAGCUUGAGUUUCAAGCUGUCAAUUUCGAUUACGACAUGGAUGUUCUCCAGAAGACCAAACACGCUCGAUUCCUGCGGUACCCUGAGCCAACCGGUAACAACGAGGAUGCCCAAGAGAAAAGCAGCAGCGGCACGGCUGAGCCGACCACCGUUGUCUACGCGGACUACGACGACGCAAGGAGCCCUCGAGGAACACCAAGAGCUGCAGCAACGCCCAGUUGGAACCGACAGCCGUCGGGCAUGAGCCGUGGGAAACACUUGAGGACGGUCACUGUGGUCCCGUGGUCACGACUUAUGGGACAGUGUCUGUCAACAGGAGAGCUCCCACAGUCGUUGCUCUCUCAGUGGACCGCGCGGUACGUGUCCUGGUCGCCGAACGCUGCUGGUUGCUCCGAGGACCCGGGCUGGUCGCGACUGCUUCGACACCACCCCGUAUGGUCGCGUGCUGCAUAAACGCGGCAACGUUCACAUAGCUACAGGGAGCAGCUUAGCCACAGGAUCUCGGCGCAAAAUCAUGGUUGGGGCGUCCAAACCACGGCCUCGUUUACCUUGUGGACGCCUCAGGAACCAAGUCAACCCAUAUAGUGUUGCGUCAAGUUUGUUCAAUUGUAUUAUGUUUGCAAAACUUUUAUAAGUAUCACGU